GUUUCAUGACCAAUGACGUAAUUGAUACGGAAGGAGAGCCGAAUGCGAAGUCGAGAAGAUAUUCUGUUGUUUUAUAACGUUAAAAAUUACCGUACAUAUAGGUAGACUGAAUUUCCACACCAUGGCAAAUCAAAUUCACAUUUUGACUUCCCAUUCAAAAGACGUCAACUGCUGCACGUUUUCUGCCAACCUGCUGGCCACAUGCUCCGGGGAUAAAUCUGUUCGACUCUGGGAUGCAACGUCGUUCGAGGAACUCCCCUUUUCUCCGCUCCUCGGCCAUUCAUACUACGUGCACUGGUGCGCUUUCAGUGCCUUUGGGACCAGGUUAGCAACUUGCUCGACCGACGGGAAGGUCAUCGUGUGGGAUGCUAGCAGCGGGGAAACAGUAGCUGUGUUUGAGCAUAUUCAAAAGCCCAUCAUUAGGGUUUGCGUCUUUUCACCAGACUCUCAGUAUUUGUUGAGUGGAGGAGCAGAUAAUGAACUAUGGAUGUGGGAUCUCAACAAGAAAACAUGUACAAGAAAGUUUGAAGGUCAUAUAAGUGUCAUCACAGCAUGUGCGUUCACACCUGACGGUGCUCAAAUUGUAUCAGGGUCAACGGCUGGUGAUCUCAGGGUAUGGGACGCCCUUCACGGCCAAGGAAAAUGUCUUUUCUAUGAUCCCGACUGCCAUGAUCUAGCUCUCACUGGUUUAGCCAUCUCACCAACGUUUGGUUCUGCAAAUGCUGCAGUGCGUGAUACCCUUGGCCCAAGAACAUUCUAUAUGCUAGCUACGUGUGGUGAUAACAUUGUCAGACUAUGGGAUUUAGACACAGUACCAGCGUGUUCUACUAGACUUCGAUGUGAUCUGAAAGGCCAUUCAGCCACUGUACAAGCCUUAUCUUUCUCUGCAGAUGGACGCCUUCUUGCUUCAGGGGCAGUGGAUAAGCUAGCUAUCAUUUGGAAUCCAAUUAUUGGUGAGAUGUUGUACACUCUGGAGGGUCAUGCAAGGUAUGUGACGACUGUAGCCUUCUCCCAAGACAACAUGUUCCUAGCAACAGGCUCUCACAGUAAAGUCCAUGUCUGGAAAUUGGGUUUCAACCAGCCGUUACAACCCGCAGUUUCAUCAGCCAGUCCGUCUGCCCCUUCUAUUAGCCCGGCCAAUCAGCAGAGCUCUCUCACGGAAACCGGACCUUCGUUGGCUCAUAACGUGAUAUCUGAUUGGACGGUUGAUGCUGUGUGUGAGUGGUUACAGAGUAUCGAGUUAGGGCAGUACUGUGAGGUGUUCAAAGAGAAUCACAUUGAUGGUCAAGAGUUGCAGAAUCUCACUACCGAUGUCCUUUCUAAAGACCUCAACGUCAAGGCCCUUGGUCAUCGUCAGAAGAUCUUGAGAGGUAUCCAGGCAGUCCGUGAAAAAGGGUUCUUCUCUGGGUCUCAAGGACCAGUACCAGAUGAUCAGAUACCUGAUGAGUACCUGUGCCCUAUCAGUAGAGAGAUCAUGAAGGAACCAGUCAUAGCAGCAGAUGGCUACACUUACGAAAGGAAAGCCAUAGAGAACUGGUUCCGGGCGGGGCGUAACACCAGCCCCAUGACCAACGCUCCCCUAUCUUCCAUCAACCUGACCCCUAACCGAAGUCUGAAGAUGAUAAUAGCUCGGAUCUACGAUUUAUGAUGCGAUCGGGGCAAUUCCAUCACAUCUAUAUCCACCCUCCUGCAGUAUGUUGAAGUCAGCUGAGAAUCCGAACCAACUAGAAAAUGGGAUGAGAGGAUGUUAAAUUGAUUGAUUUUGAGUUCAGUGUUAGUGUUGAGACUUUCAGAUUUCCUUCUGUAGCCCAUUAUUGAUAGCUCAAUGCCUGUUUGGUGUUUUGUUAGUGUUAGUGGCAUAUUUCAGCUUGCCUUCUCUCGCUUUCAGCACCUGAUGUGAGUUAACACUAACAAGCCAGGUCACACCAUUGAUUGCUCAAUGCCUAUUUGGUGUUGUGUUGUUGCUAGUUUUGGUGUAAGUGUUGCUGUUCAGUUUGCCUUACCUGGCUACAACUUCUAGUGCAAGUUUGGUGGCGUGUUGUGAAGUUUAGCCCAACACCAACACCAAAAAGUCAACACCAAGCUUGAACUCCCCCUUCAGUCUACGUAUGGUAUCAUCAUUAUAAUGAUCAUUAAUAUGUUUGAAUCUCCAUGCAAUCUUUUCAUGUCUUCAUUGAAACCAGACAUUCCAAACCAUCAUUAAGUACACUACAAUAAUGUUAAGUGAAUGAAACAUACAUGUAGACUGGAGAGAAAAAGGGGAUGUAUAUGAAUCAGUUACUUGUAUUAUGUACAUGUAUUUAUCAAGAUAUUAUACAGAUAAUGCCUGCCUAGGGGAUGAAUAAAACAAUUCAUUUCCCAGACAGAGUCACAUUCUUUCCAAGGGAUUAUGUUUUGCCUAAAUAGCACAGCGCUGAGGAAAAAUUUUCUCCCAAGGAAUAAAUAUGGCUUCGGAGGGGAAUUAAAAUGUUAUUUAUUAAACAGAUAGACCAGGCAAUAUUUGGUAUAAUAUAUAUACCGUGUUUACAC